CGUUGCCCCAUCCGGUCCACUAGGUGUCGCUGCCUCCAUCGCUGAGUGUCUGUGACCCGGCAGAGCAUUGUCGGGGGUAGGGGAGGGGGGCUGCGUCAUUCGGAAAAAUGGCGUGGAGGGGUGCUAUACUGAGCGGCACCGGUGGAAAAAGGUGGACAGUUUUUUUGCAGCAGAGGGGUUUCCGCAAGGCCCCCAAGAAGACUGAAGCGAAGAAGGUGGAGGUGGAAGAAGCGGACAUUGACGGGGCAGUCCGAAAGAAGGCCAUUGCACCGCCCGUGGAGUGCCCAGCCCCCCCGGUGCCCAGUGUGUCCUUUGGCAGACUGGUAAAGCCACUGGUAUUCACUGUAGGGUUUACAGGCUGCUCCUUCGGCGCAGCCGCCAUCUGGCAGUACGAGUCCCUGAAGUCGCGCGUGCAGACCUACUUCGAUGAAGUCCGAGCCGACUGGAUGGAGAAACUGCGUCCGCAGAAGCAGGGAGACUUCCGCAAGCAGGUGAAUCAGUGGUGGAGCAGUCUGAGUGAAGGGCAGAGAACGGUGACAGGUAUCAUUGCUGCCAACGCGCUGGUGUUCUGCUGUUGGAGGAUUCCUUCUCUACAGCGCAGCAUGGUGAAGUACUUCACAUCCAACCCGGCUUCUCGGACCCUGUGCUCUCCCAUGAUACUCUCCACAUUCAGCCAUUACUCCUUCUUCCACAUGGCGGCCAACAUGUACGUCUUGUGGAGCUUCUCCUCCAGCAUCGUGUCCCUGCUCGGCCGGGAGCAGUUCAUGGCUGUCUACAUGUCUGCAGGUGCCAUCUCCACGUUUGUUAGUUAUGUCAGCAAGACUGCCACGGGCCGGCUGGGACCUUCUCUGGGGGCGUCUGGAGCUAUCAUGGCCGUCCUGGCUGCAGUCUGCACCAAGAUGCCUGAGGCAAAGCUGGCCAUCAUCUUCCUGCCUAUGUUCACCUUCACAGCCGGCAGCGCAUUGAAAGCUAUCGUUGCCAUGGAUGCGGCCGGCCUCAUCCUUGGAUGGAGGUUCUUCGACCACGCAGCACACCUCGGAGGGGCGCUGUUUGGAAUCUGGUACGUCCUCCAAGGCCAUGAGCUCAUCUGGAAGAACCGUGAGCCUCUAGUCAAGAUUUGGCACAACUUACGGACGAGGGGACCAGGUGGAGGUACGGGCUCGCUCUAGAGGGGCGGGGCCACGGCUCUGUCCAGUGGUCAAGCUGCAAUAGCCACUGGAAGGCUAGUGGUGGCAGUAGAGGCCAAGUCCUCUGGAGGUGGCUGCAGGAAGACUGAUGCCCAGAUUUGGCUGGAGCAGCCAAGCUCACGUCCCUCAUCCCUGCUAGUCUGGCCUGUACAGCAUGACCCAUAAGGCCAGGACGGGAGCAGGAUCCAGGCUUGGCCUCGGCUUAGAGUUCCUCUCCUGUCUUCCCCUCCCCCUCAUCUUUUGUUUCAGGGGUGAGGGGGCUGGGAGGUGGGUUCUGAUCUUGUCUCCCAAUCAAGAAGGUGCUGUGCAGUACAUGGAUACUGUUUGGAUGUUUUGUACUAUUUCAUUGGGAAGAGCCUUUUGGAACUGGGCUGGGGUGCUCCUAAUCCUUACUCCCAUUUGUCGGUUUCCUGUUUUUGAGGACUGAUGAGUGCCUCGGGAAGUGGAUGAAUGAGGGGCGACCUUCCAUGCGCACUGUCAUAAUAAAAGCUUCCCUUGUGUUCUCA